UUUCCACGGUUGAGCCCUCUCACUCACUUUGCCUUUCGUCUGCCCCGAUGCUCCAGCUCGUGGCGCUCUUCUGCCUCGCGGCCAUCGGCGCCGCCCAGGACGUCCUCGUCUCGCUGCCCGUCACGGUCAACGGCGCCACGAAGAACCUCGAGCUGCACCGCGGCCAGACCGUCGAGAGCGCCGCCGUCUCGUUCAUGGAGCUCCAUGGGCUCAUCGACAAUGGCCUCGAGUCGGAGAAUUCGCAAAAGGUGGUUCAGUACCUUGCGAGCCAGCUCCGUGAGAAGGCGCCGAAGGACGAGGUGUUCAUUACGAUGCCGUUGACCAUCGACGGGUCGGUCGCGGACCUUGUGCUGUACAAGAACGAGGCGCCGGUCGACGCGGUGAGCCGCUUCUUGCGCGACUCGGCGCUCUCGGAAGAUGCAAAGACACAGGCGCACCCACAGAUCCUCGAUUUGCUCACCGAGCGCGUGCGCGACGAGGCGACGCCGGCGCCUAGCCAGCCAGCAGCCCAGUUUGUGCUGGACCUUACGAUCGAUGGCCAAGCCACCGCGAUUGCCCAUUACGCUGGCCAGGACCCGCUCGUGGAAGCGCGCGCCUUUCUCGCGGGGCUCGGCGUCACGGACGAAGGCUACAUGCAAAACGUCAUGCCGCAGAUCGCGCAGAUGCUCCAGAGCCGCAUCGACGAGCUCGCCUCGCCCAAAGAGCUUUUCUCGUUGCCCGUGACGCUCAACGACCAGGCCAUGCUGCUCGUGCACUACGACAACACCGAGCCAUCGCAGUCCGCGACGGCGUUCCUGCAGAAAAACGGGCUCACGGACACGGCGACCGUCAACGCGCUACUGCCGCAGCUUGUCCAAAUGAUUACGAACCAGCUGACGCAGCAGGCGGGGAGUGUGCAGGCAGAGAGCGCGUCGCCGACGCGCGAGCCGCUCUUCUCGCUGCCGAUCACGCUCGGGUCCAUGGAGCAGCCGUGCAACUACUUUGAAGGCGACAGUCCGGAGCUCACGGCGCAGCUCUUCCUCGAGACGCACGGGCUCGCGGCCAGCGCCGAGUAUGCAUCGCUGCUGUCGCAGCUCACGUCGCUCUUGCAGGAACGCAUCAACGCCAUCAACGGCGAGCGGUCGGCGGCGGCGACGGCCACCACCGAGCGCGCGCUCACGAUCCCAAUCAACGUCGGUGGCACCGACGUGCCGCUGUCGUUCUACCCGAACCAAGACCCGGCGGUCGUGGCGGCGGCGUUCUGUGAGGCGCAGCUCCGGGCCGCGAGUGCCGACGACAUGCAAGCGUGCAAGGUCGUCUUGUACCAGACGAUCACGGGUGUGCUGGACCGUCUCGAGGCCGAAGCGAUGGCCCAAACGACGCCGCCAUCGACCGAGCGCAAGCUCUUGGUGACGCUCGACAUUGAUCUCGGCGAGGGCAAGUCGGCCAUCCUCCUGUACUACGCCGGCGAGAGCACGGACGCGACGGUCCGCGCCUUUUGCGACGCCAACGCCAUCGACACGGAGAACAUUCCGUUUCUGCUCGACGAGCUUCAAAAGCAGAUCGACGCGCUGCAGUAAGAUUGGGACGCUUGGAAGACAGUUGAAUCUGAAUCUCAAAACUUUUUCUUCCAUGCAAUACCAUCCACUGUCGUGGCGCCACCGCGCUAAUCGACUUCGUCCAGCGGAUCGUCCG